GGGAGGAUCGCACUGCUGGAGACUUGUGAUUGCCAGUCACCCAACUGUCCCCUCCGCCCCAGUGGCGGCAACAAGCGGAAGCUGAGCGCUGGCAUUGCCCUGCUGGGAGAGCCUGCGGUCAUCUUCCUGGACGAGCCGUCCACUGGCAUGGACCCUGUGGCCCGGCGCCUGCUCUGGGACACCGUGGUGAGGGCCCGUGAGUCCGGCAAGGCCAUCGUCAUCACCUCCCACAGCAUGGAGGAGUUGUGAGGCCCUGUGCACCCGGCUGGCCAUCAUGGUGCAGGGCCAGUUCAAGUGCCUGGGCAGCCCCCAGCACCUCAAAAGCAAGUUUGGCAGCGGCUACUCCCUACGGGCCAAGAUCCGGAGCGAAGGGCAGCAGGAGGCCCUGGAGGAAUUCAAGGCAUUCGUGGACCUGACCUUCCCAGGCAGCGUCCUGGAGGAUGAGCACCAAGGAAUGGUCCAUUACCACCUGCCCGGCGAUGACCUGAGCUGGGCAAGGGUGAUCGCACGCCUGGGCAUUGGAGGGAGCACACCUCUGAUGGCGCCCAUCUUCCUGCGUUCUCUCUUUCGGGGGGAGUCUCACUCAGCGCUGCUGCGACAUUCACGUGGAUUUCAUAAAGCAAGAGACGUCUGAGCUGGAAGGGACCUU